CUGCUUUUGUGAGGCUAAAGUUCAGACGGUAGGAAGCGGACACACAUGAAAAAGGUCCAUAACUCAAGUUUGAAGAGACUAAAAGUCCAUUUCUGUGGAAACUCGAUCCUGCAGCUCAGUGACAUUUCAGCCUCGGGCACAUAUAUACCUGUCUGCUGCGUGAAGAGGUGAAUCAUGAGAAAGAAGAGGACGUGAAACACAUCUGGAGGCAGCUGGAGAGGCUCAGCUGCGGACCUGCCGUCGUCUCGUCUUAAUUAUAUUACAGCAGAGGGUGGAGAGAGCAUCAGAGGAUAUAAGAGAGAGAGGAGGAGAGUUCAGGAGAACAGACCGGAGCAGAGACAGAGUGGAGAGGAGAGAGGAGCUGAAAGCAUCUGGAAUACAAACUACAGACCUGAGGAGGACGUCCUGCAGAGCAUCAUCAUCAUCUCUGUGCAGUGUCCAUCUUUAAAGUCAUGGCCCCUCCCUGCCUGUUGAUGGUGCUGAUGGCGGUUGCCGUGGCAACUGGGGCCCGUUCAUCCAGCGAGGAGAAUGAGCUGGAUUACGGGUACUGGAACUACAGAGAGGGAGCUGAUAGUGUGAACGUGGCCACGGUGCGCAGUGUGACCAGGGUUUUAGACGCCUGGGGGAAACGCAUCUUCAGUGAGAUCAAGACGUUACUGCACUCUGAGCCCAGCGCGCUGCUGCCCGACUACUCCAGGGUGCGCCCUCUGUCUGAGUCCGUCAACGACCUGUUCAGAGAAGUCUCCCUGCUGCGCAGGCGCAUCACCGAGCUCUCCCAUCGCCUAGCAACGCUGGAACCGUUCCUCCGUCACCACGGUUACCGGGAGAAGAAGGAGGAGGAGGAGGUGACGGAGGAAGAGGAGGCGGCGGCGGUGGCAGGAGGUAGACGGACUCCUCACAGCCUGAGAGCAGAGAUGGCGAGCCUGGCCCGGUACAGCCCGAGGACCGCGGGGAGGGCUGGAGGUCCACCGAGGGGGAGCCGGGUGGUGAGGAGGAGACGGGUGAGAGUCCUGAACGGGGGAGGGAGGCUGGUUCAGAGGGAGGGAGAGGCACAGUGAUGGAGGGAGGAGGAGGAAGAAGAAGGGCGGGAAAG